CCCUGCCGCGCCCGGGAAGCGCUACGCCGCCUGCCUCUUCCCUCCGAGGCUUCGCCGCGCACAUCUCGCUCCUGCCGCCAUGUCCGCCGCGGACGAAGUCGACGGGCUGGGGGUGGUCCGGCCGCACUAUGGCUCUGUCUUGGAUAAUGAAAGGCUCACUGCCGAGGAGAUGGAUGAGAGGAGACGUCAAAAUGUGGCUUAUGAGUAUCUUUGUCACCUAGAGGAAGCAAAGAGGUGGAUGGAGGCUUGUCUCAAUGAAGAGCUGCCUCCUACUACAGAGCUGGAGGAGGGUCUAAGGAAUGGGGUUUACCUUGCCAAACUUGGAAACUUCUUCUCUCCCAAAGUGGUGUCCCUGAAGAAGAUUUAUGAUCGGGAGCAGACCAGAUACAAGGCAACUGGCCUUCACUUUCGUCAUACUGACAACGUGAUUCAGUGGCUGAAUGCGAUGUCUGAGAUCGGGCUGCCUAAGAUUUUUUAUCCUGAAACCACAGACAUCUAUGAUCGAAAGAACAUGCCACGCUGUAUCUACUGUAUCCAUGCACUCAGCUUGUACCUGUUCAAACUGGGGCUGGCUCCCCAGAUUCAAGACCUGUAUGGCAAGGUCGACUUCACAGAGGAAGAGAUCAACAACAUGAAGAGUGAACUGGAGAAAUAUGGGAUUCAGAUGCCUGCCUUUAGUAAAAUAGGGGGGAUUCUGGCGAAUGAGCUCUCUGUGGAUGAAGCAGCAUUGCAUGCGGCUGUUAUUGCCAUCAAUGAAGCCAUUGAACAUAGAGUUCCUGCUGAUACGUUUAGUGCUUUGAAAAACCCCAAUGCUAUGCUGGUGAAUCUUGAAGAGCCAUUGGCCUCCACUUACCAGGAUAUACUUUACCAAGCUAAACAUGACAAGAUGGCAAAUGCAAAAAAUAGGACAGAAGACUCCGAAAGAGAAAGGGAUGUUUAUGAGGAGUUGUUGACUCAGGCGGAAAUUCAGGGAAAUAUAAAUAAAGUCAAUACAUAUUCUUCAUUAGCCAAUGUGGACCUGGCUUUAGAGCAGGGAGACCCAUUGGCCUUAUAUCAGGCGCUAGCAGCCCCAGCUUUGGGCCUUCGAGCACUGCAGCAGGACAACUGUGAUUGGUACUUCAAGCAGCUCCUGAAUGAGAAGCAGCAGAAGAAGCAGAGUGGAGUGAUUGGUCCAUUGCAGAAGGAGGACCUGCAGGCUGGAGUGGAUGCUGCUAACCGUGCUGCCCUGCAAUAUCAGAGAAGGUUGGCAGCAGUGACUUCAAUUAAUGCUGCGAUCCGAAGGGGUGUUGCUGAGAAGACUGUGUCAGAGUUGAUGAAUCCGGAGGCUCAGUUACCUCAGGUGUAUCCUUUUGCUGCUGAGCUUUACCAGAAGGAGCUGGCUACUUUACAGCAGCAGAGCCCUGAUCAUAACCUCACCCAUCCUGAACUCUCAGUUGCAGUUGAGAUGUUGUCAUCAGUGGCCUUAAUCAAUAGGGCUUUGGAAUCAGGAGAUAGAAAUACUGUCUGGAAACAGCUGAGCAGUUCAGUUACAGGCCUUACUAACAUUGAAGAAGAAAAUUCCCAGAGGUAUAUUGAUGAACUGAUGAAGCUGAAAGCCCAGGCAUGUGCGGAGAAUAAUGAGUUCAUUACGUGGAAUGACAUUCAGGCUUCUGUGGACCUUGUGAACAUGGUGGUACAAGAGGAAAAUGAGCGAAUUUUAGCAAUUGGCUUAAUUAAUGAAGCAUUGGAUGAAGGGGAUGCCAGAAAAACUCUGAAGGCCUUGCAGCUUCCUUCAGUCAAACUGGAUGGAGUGCAUGCUCACGUUGCCCAGCAUUAUCAGGAUACACUAAUUCGAGCGAAGCGAGAGAAAGCUCAGGAAAUUCAGGAUGAAUCAGCUGUGCUGUGGUUGGAUGAAAUUCAGGGUGGGAUCUGGCAGGCAAACAAAGAUACAGAAGAGGCACAAAAAUUUGCCUUAGGAGUCUUGGCUAUUAAUGAAGCAGUGGAUGCUGGUGACGUUGGCCAGACCCUUGUUGCCCUUCGUUCUCCUGAUGUUGGCUUAUAUGGAGUUACCCCUGAAUGUGCUGAAUCUUAUCAGAAAGACCUUGAAGAUUUGAAGAAGAAAAAACUUUCAGCAGGUGACAAUAAUAGCAAGUGGGUGAAGCACUGGGUGAAGGGCGGGUAUCAUUACUACCACAACUUGGAGACCAAAGAAGGUGGAUGGGAUGAGCCCCCCGGCUUUGUGCAAAAUACAACCCAUCUCUCUCGGGAGGAGAUCCAGAGUUCCAUCUCUGGAGUGACAGCUGCCUACAACCGGGAGCAAUUGUGGCUGGCCAAUGAGAGCCUAAUCACCAAGCUUCAGGCUGCUUGUCGUGGGUACCUAGUUCGUCAGGAUUUCAGGUCCCGGAUGAACUUCCUCAAGAAGCAAGUCCCUGCCAUCAUUUGCAUCCAGUCUCAGUGGCGGGGGUACAAACAAAAGAAGUCAUAUCAAGAUCGUUUAGGAUACCUACGCUCUCAUAAAGAUGAAGUUAUAAAGAUUCAGUCCCUGGCAAGAAUGCAUCAGGCUAGAAAGCGUUACAAAGACAGAUUACAGUAUUUCAGAGACCAUAUAAAAGACAUAAUAAAAAUCCAGGCCUUCAUUCGGGCAAACAAAGCUCGGGAUGACUACAAAACACUCAUCAAUGCUGAGGAUCCCCCUAUGGUGGUUGUCCGAAAGUUCGUCCAUCUUUUGGAUCAGAACGACCAAGAUUUUCAAGAGGAACUUGAUCUCAUGAAGAUGAGGGAAGAGGUUGUGACCCUCAUCCGAUCUAAUCAACAGUUGGAAAAUGACCUGAAUCUCAUGGACAUCAAGAUUGGACUACUAGUGAAAAAUAAAAUCACAUUACAGGAUGUUGUUUCCCAUAGCAAAAAACUUACCAAGAAGAAUAAAGAGCAGUUGUCUGACAUGAUGAUGUUGAACAAGCAGAAGGGCGGUCUUAAGGCUCUGAGCAAAGAGAAAAGAGAGAAACUGGAAGCUUAUCAGCACCUGUUUUAUCUGUUGCAGACCAACCCUACCUAUCUGGCCAAGCUGAUUUUCCAGAUGCCCCAGAACAAGUCCACGAAGUUCAUGGAUUCUGUGAUCUUCACAUUGUACAACUAUGCCUCCAACCAACGAGAGGAGUACCUGCUGCUGCGUCUCUUUAAGACAGCCCUUCAAGAGGAGAUCAAAUCAAAGGUAGAUCAGAUUCAAGAGAUUGUGACUGGAAAUCCUACGGUUAUUAAAAUGGUUGUGAGCUUCAACCGGGGUGCUCGGGGCCAGAACGCCUUGCGGCAGAUCCUGGCCCCUGUCGUGAAGGAGAUCAUGGAUGACAAAUCCCUCAACAUCAAAACCGACCCUGUGGAUAUUUACAAGUCUUGGGUCAAUCAGAUGGAGUCUCAAACAGGAGAAGCAAGCAAACUGCCAUAUGACGUGACCCCUGAACAGGCACUGUCUCAUGAAGAGGUAAAGACUCGGCUUGACUCCUCCAUUAGGAACAUGAGGACGGUGACCGACAAAUUCCUCUCUGCUAUUGUCGGCUCUGUGGACAAAAUCCCUUAUGGGAUGCGUUUCAUUGCCAAGGUCCUGAAAGAUUCACUGCAUGAAAAGUUCCCAGAUGCUGGUGAGGAUGAGCUCCUAAAGAUUAUUGGUAACCUGCUCUACUACCGGUAUAUGAAUCCAGCCAUUGUGGCCCCUGAUGCUUUUGACAUCAUUGACCUGUCCGCUGGAGGCCAGCUCACCACAGACCAACGAAGAAACCUGGGUUCUAUUGCAAAGAUGCUCCAACAUGCAGCCUCCAACAAGAUGUUCUUGGGAGAUAAUUCUCACCUAAGCAUAAUUAAUGAAUAUCUCUCUAAUUCCUACCAGAAGUUCAGACGCUUUUUUCAGACUGCAUGUGAUGUGCCAGAGCUGCAGGAUAAAUUUAAUGUGGAUGAGUAUUCUGACUUAGUGACCGUCACCAAACCAGUUAUCUACAUUUCUAUUGGUGAAAUCAUCAAUACCCACACAUUGCUUUUAGAUCACCAGGAUGCCAUUGCUCCUGAACACAAUGAUCCCAUUCACGAGCUACUGGAUGAUCUUGGGGAAGUGCCUACUAUUGAGUCCCUCAUUGGGGAAGGGUCUGGCAAUUUAAAUGACCCAAAUAAGGAGGCCCUGGCUAAGACAGAAGUAUCUCUCACACUGACAAACAAAUUUGAUGUGCCUGGAGAUGAAAAUUCAGAAAUGGAUGCUCGGACUAUCUUGCUUAAUACAAAGCAUUUAAUUGUGGAUGUCAUCCGGUUCCAGCCAGGAGAGACACUAACUGAGAUCCUUGAAACGCCUACCACCAGUGAACAGGAAGCAGAACAUCAAAGAGCCAUGCAGAAGCGAGCUAUCCGUGAUGCCAAAACUCCUGACAAGAUGAAAAAAGCCAAAUCUGUCAAGGAAGACAGUAAUCUGAGCCUCCAAGAGAAGAAGGAAAAGAUCCAGUCGGGUUUGAAGAAGCUGGUAGAGCUUGGGACGGUGAACCCAAAGAACAAAUACCAGGAACUGAUCAAUGACAUUGCCAAGGAUAUCCGGAAUCAGCGGAGGUAUCGACAGAGGAGAAAAGCUGAGCUGGUCAAACUGCAGCAGACUUACAAUGCUCUGAACUCCAAGGCCACGUUUUAUGGCGAGCAAGUGGACUAUUAUAAAAGCUACAUCAAAACCUGCUUGGAUAACUUAGCCAGCAAGGGCAAGGUGUCUAAGAAGCCAAGAGAGAUGAAAGGAAAGAAAAGUAAAAAGAUUUCCCUGAAAUACACAGCCGCACGACUACAUGAGAAGGGAGUCCUUCUGGAAAUUGAGGACCUUCAAGUGAAUCAGUUCAAAAAUGUGAUAUUUGAAAUCAGCCCAACGGAGGAGGUUGGAGAUUUUGAAGUGAAAGCCAAAUUUAUGGGGGUUCAGAUGGAGACUUUCAUGUUACAUUAUCAGGAUCUGUUACAGCUGCAAUAUGAAGGGGUUGCUGUCAUGAAACUGUUUGAUAGAGCAAAAGUCAAUGUCAACCUCCUGAUCUUCCUGCUCAACAAGAAGUUCUAUGGGAAGUAAUUGAUGGUCGGCCACAUGUGCCGAGGGCAAGAAGACCAUGGGAGGAAGGCGAACUGUGUGACGGCCUCGUAAUGUGCUUCACCUGUUGGAGCCAGAGACACUCCCAAUGCCAAACUGCAUCUCCUCCCACUUUGGGACCUUCUGUUACUCCCUUCUCAUAGUGAAUUAAUAACUCAGGCUUCAGCUGACCUUUUGGGUUACUUCAUUUUCUUCUCUGUCAUUUGACACCCAAGGAAAAAGUGGAAACUCAAUCCACUAAAAACCUUUUCCCAUAGGCUGUUACAGGCUCCGUGGUUACUUGGAUAUAUUUUGAGCUUUGGGAUCUUGCUUUAAUUAGAAAUGUGAAUGAUGGGGUUCUUAUUACUUAUGUAGUUGGACGAUAUUGGCACCAAUUAGAAAAAAAUUUAUAACUCUUUAUGGACAUGUACACUUGUAGCCUUGCCCAUUUCAGAAUGUAUAAGUAGAGACCAAUUAAUGGUUCAGAUUGUAAUCAUUAAGAGACUGGUUUGAAGCUAAAUUGGGUCUUUUGUCCUCUAAGUAAUACCUAAUGCUAUGGGAAAUGUGUUCUAAUGUGAUCUUUGCCAUCUCAGUUCCCUGUAUGCAGUAGCCAAGGGAGACAUUGUGCUGCCCAGGGAGACUAGCUUCUGAGAGGAGCAUUUGGGGAAGGGGGAGGGAAACUGUCUAGGUAUUCCACUCAUAUUUGGACAACUUGGUCAGUUUUGUUGGCUGAGUUUUAGUAGCAUCAAUAUAUAUAUUUUCAUGGAAGGAUUCAAUUGAUGAAAUAUAAUGGACCAGGUUCCCUGUUAAGGUUACUUGCCUUCUUUUUCUGUGCUGGUGCCCACCCAGGGACAUAGGAUUAGGCCAGUUUAGGAAGGCCUCCCACCCCAUCACUUAAUGAAUGGUUUUAGAUCUAACAUUAAAAAUCCUAACUAGAUUCAUUGUUUUGGUUUGUUGCUUUAAGGUGCCUUGUUAACAUAGAUUAAUCUAUUUCAGUUCUUAAGGGAUUUCUUUAUGGUUGCUCACCUGCAGAUAAAAAUAUAUUUUGUGUUUUUUAUUAAUAAAAUAAGGGGAAUAGGGUAUUUUAAAGAUUUAUAUAAUGCUUCAGAAGCCUUUAGAGUGCUAUAAGAAAGGAAUUUUUUAAUAAUAAAAUAAAACUAGCUUAUCUGUAUAUCUGAACUCUUAGAAAUUUCUUAUAGCCACAACACUAUGAGGACUCUUCUGCAGAGUUGCAGAGGGACAGCCCUGCCUUACUGUAAAUUGAACCAAAACAGAAAUCUAUUUGAUCAGCAUAUACUGUAUUCUAAGCCCUGAUUCUUGUAUCAGUUUCUCCUUUGUCUGUUUUUGCUGACUUCAUUAUUAUCUCUUAACUAUGAACCCUGCUUUUAAGAGGCUUUAGUCCUAAAAAUUAAGCCUUGACAAAAAGCAUGGAUGAAUGAGACAUCUAUUUGAAAAUAAUACAUGUCAUAUACUUUAAAAAAAAACAAACAAACAUCCUGUCUUUAGGAAUACUUUUUAAAUCAUGCCAUUUUCUCCUGUUGUUUUGGUUCAGUAUUCCUUAAGUAUAAAACUCUCUAGCCCAGUUUAAAUAACAUUUUUAAGCACACAUAAACGCCCCCACUGAAACCAUUUAUAUCAGCAUUUUGAAAUUGGCUGAUGUAUUUUUCCAGUGAAGCACAUUAAGAAAUAGACAUUGGUAACUAGCUGUGUAUUAUAUUCUUGUUGCAGUUGUAAAUACCAGAGAAUUAUUUUUUAGUAUGGACUCAAUCAUUUACACAGGAUUGAUGACAUGUAUGUUAGUGCUUUAUACAUUCCAGGACAGCCAAGAGGUGGAAGAUUUAGGCAAGGAAAAAUUUAACCAUAGAACUAGAGAAGGAAUGAAGGGUAAUGACUCAUGGGAAUUCUCCACUGCCAUGACUUAGGGACUAUCUUGAAUUAAUUUUUUUCUGUAAAUCUAUUUUUCUUGAAAAAUAAGUAAAUUAGAGAUUGUAGUAAUAGUUUCAAAAAUUGGGACCAAAGAUCCAAUCUUUUUAAGAAAAGGAUGCUACUCUCCUUUGGGCCCCACCCUUGGCCAGGCAUUGCAGUGAUGACCAAAGUCUCCAGGGGACUAUAAACAGGGACACUUGAGUUAUUUGUAAAAAUUAACGGUUUGCUGAAUAUAUUCGCUGAUGCAAGACAUUAAGCAUGAAACCUUUAGAGUUAGAGAAUUUUUAUGGGGAUAAUAUUUGAAGCAAUUUUUUUAAUACAUUGGAGAAAACUGAUAAAUUUUCGGGUCUGGACAUUGGAACUUAGUAACUUUUAUUACUGUGUUAUUUAUUAGUAAUAGGAUUCUUCCAGCUGCUUUUUCCCUCUUAGGCCACCUCUCCUUGCCAGCCAUCAUGACAUUUGUUGCGAAUUUAUUUACUCCCAGGAAUUUGGGCUGCUUGUUCCAUUUAUUGGCACAAAAAAAUGUCUUUUGUAUCUCUCAAUGAAAUAAAAGGUCAUUUGUUCAUGUUG